AUGUCGUAUAUUGCUCCCCCAACAGUUCUCCGUAUCAAGCGAAAACGUUUUCAAGACCCACUUCAAGCCUUGGUUCUUGAAGAUCGUCGGGCAGCGAAGAGACUGAAACCAUCUACACCAAUCUCUUCAGCAGUAAAUUCUCCCGUAGCGACUCCUACCAAGGUUCAAUCGUCAGAGAACUUGAACUAUAUCUUUAAGUUAGCCAGAACAGAUACUUUGGAGAACACUGCCAACGAUGCUACUAUUUUACAGUCUGUUUUGCUGGAAGCUGGCUUCCGUGAUGAAUCGCAACUAGAGCUGGAGAGCGCCCUAAACAAUAGCAAUAGUAACAGAAAGAGAAAGUUCAUCAUUCCCAUGAGGCAGACCGAAGAGGAUGUGACGAUUCCGAACGAGCUUUCAGACAUGUUGAGUUCGUUCUUAUCCGUGGGAAAAGAGAAUGCGAUUGCAAGCCCAGUAGCUAGAAAGAAGCGAACUCGAGGAAUUGUUGAUGUGAGCAAUGAGAUACACGAGUCUUCAGAGACCCCAGAGAUACCAGCAGUCAAUGAGGCUUCCGCAGAAGAAGAGCAAUCGGAAUAUGUUUAUGAUGUAUAUCAAUUGACUUCUACUGAGCCGUUGACUACAGCUAACCAUCCACAAUCUCAGAUUGGGUAUAUUCGCUUCUUUGAUGACGAUGAUGACUUCUACGAGUCUGACCAGGAUGAAACCAAUAAGCCUACAGUCUUCUCAGAUGAUGAGGAUUCAAAUGCAGAAGAUUUCUACCAGAAUGAUUAUCCUAGCGAUGAAGAUGCUGGGGCCUAUAGCGAAACAAAUUCAUUUGAAGUCGAAGACGACGAUGAAGACCAAGAAGAUGAAUAUGGAAUUAUAGCAGAAGAUGAUGAUGAAAUCGAAGAUUAUGGUGAAAUCGCCUAUUUAGAAGAAGACAAGUACUAUGUGGAUACUACAACGUUGGAAGACGAAGAUUUCAAACGGAACCGCUUCUUUGAAGACGAUGAAGACAACGAGUUGGCCAUACACAGAGACAGGAUAUUUGGGCGUCUUGAGAAAAUGAUAAAUGAAAACGAUUAG